UGCGGGCGGUACAAUAGCGCUGUUGUGCCGUGUUGGUGGUGGACAUAGUGCAGCCUGGAGAUUCCCACUGUGGUGGGAUACAAAAAGCCCUACAUUUAAUUUAAUAUUAGGACCACAGUCCAUAUUUUCAUAACUGUAUGUAUGUUCGGUCCGUGUGACCGUGUGUUUGAAGGGAGCGAAGCGGAGAAAGGCCGUGGACGGAAGAUAUGAAACAGAGGUUAGUUAUCAGAAGACUCCACUAGCAUGCUUUGUAGUCUGACGUUUAUGGACGUUACAGGAUGAAACGUCUCAGGUCGUCCAGCAGCAGCGACAGUUCCGACAAUGAAAGUCCUUCAACCUCUUUCUGCUCCUCCAACAAAUAUGAGAGUAAAUUUGGAACCCCGGCCUCUGACCCGAAAAAACCUGCUGAGGUGUUCAGAAAAGACCUGAUCAGUGCCAUGAAGAUCCCCGAUUCCCACCACGUGUCGCCGGAGGACUACUACCUGCUGGCGGACGCCUGGAAGCAGGAGUGGGAGAAGGGCGUCCAGGUGCUGGCCAGUCCGGACACCAUCCCCGAGCCGUCCGUGAGAGUCACCGCAGAGAAGUCCAAAGAAGUGCUUUACACCCACCAGAGGAAGUACAUCCAGUGUUCGGGCCAGGAAGCGACAGAACCCGGAUACGUCAACAUCAAGGAGUUGGCGGAGGCCAUGUGCCGCUACGACCUGGACGACAUGGACCUGUACUGGCUGCACGGGCUCAACAGUGAGCUGAGUCACAUGGGGGAGGUGCCCAUCGACGAGCUGAUGAUGGAGCGAGUCAUGGAGGCCCUGGAGAGGCAGUGCCAUGACAACAUGAGGCACGCCAUAGAGACGGUGGAGGGCCUGGGGAUCGAGUACGACGAGGACGUGAUUUGUGACGUGUGCCGCUCCCCGGACAGCGAAGAAGGGAACGACAUGGUGUUCUGUGACAAGUGCAACAUCUGCGUGCAUCAGGCCUGCUACGGUAUAGUCAAAGUGCCUGUGGGAAACUGGCUCUGCAGGACGUGCGUCCUCAGCAUCGACCCCCAGUGCCUGCUGUGCCCCAAGAAGGGCGGCGCCAUGAAGGCCACACGCGCCGGCACCAAAUGGGCUCACGUCAGCUGCGCCCUGUGGAUACCCGAGGUGAGCAUCGCCUGUCCGGAGCGAAUGGAGCCCAUCACCAAAGUGUCCCACAUCCCGCCCAGCCGCUGGUCGCUCAUCUGCAGUCUGUGCAAACUGAAGACGGGCGCAUGCAUUCAGUGUUCGGUGAAGAACUGCACCAUCCCCUUCCACGUGACCUGCGCCUUCGAGCACAGCCUGGAGAUGAAGACCAUCUUGGACGAGGGCGACGAAGUCAAGUUCAAGUCGUUCUGCCUGAAGCACAGCAAGCCCGGCGACGCCGGCCUCAGCCCGGGCCGCUCCAAAGCGCCCGGCGAGGCGGCCAAGGUGGGCCAGCGCGCGCAGAGGCUGCAGGAGCUGGAGGAGGAGUUCUACACGCUGAUCCAGCUGGGCCAGCUGGCGCAGGAGCUGGGGCUCUCCGAGCGCCCGCUGGACUUCAUCUACCAGUACUGGAAGCUGAAGAGGAAGUCCAGCUUCAACAAGCCUCUGCUGCCCCCUAAGGAGGAGGAGGAGAACCUGGUGCUGCAGCCGCAGGAGGACAGCAUCCACACGCGCAUGCGCAUGUUCAUGCACUUGCGACAGGAUUUGGAGCGGGUGAGGAAUCUGUGCUACAUGGUGAGCCGGCGGGAGAAGCUGAAGCUGCUGCAGAGUAAAGCUCAGGAGCAAAUGUUCAACCUGCAUCUCAAGCUUCUCAACCAGGAGAUGUCCUCUGAUCUUCCUGCUUCUCUCCCGGUGGAGAACAUGCUGUUCCGGCCUCCUCCGAGGAUCACCCUGAAACUGAAGAUGCCCAAAGGUUCCGGUCUGGGAAACGGAAACCGCAGCUCCAAGCUGGGCAACGGGCCGCUGUGCCCGGACAACAGCGGGAACGUCAACGAACACGCCGCCGAGGGGCUCGGCCAGGGGAAGCCCCAGCUGCACGCCCGCAAAGAUGACCGACCCAAUGGUCGCCUGUCGUCCUCCGGCGGCGGGCCGUUAGCCGGCAAGCCUGCAGGCAAACAUUUGGCCUUGCACUUCGUGCACCACGCUCACUCUUCCAACAGCAACGGCAAACUGGACCAGGACCGAGCGUGCGCGGUGAAGUGCAACGGCGUCCUGGACAGGGCGGCGGCUCAGAAGGACGGCUCCUGCCAGACACAAGGCACCCGGGACGUUUCCAAGGAGGACCUGGACAAAAGCAGCUUCUGCAAGUCUGCCAUGGAGCGUUUCGGCAGAUCCUUCAAGGAGGCGACCAUCAACUUGGUACGGACGACGGAGGACCUGUGGGUCUCGGACAAACUGUCCCGAAAGAGCGCCGCCGAGGAGAAACAGUGGACCAAACCCGUACUAGAACACAAAGCCAAAAACAGACGGCCGCACCAGGACAGCGACGGGUACUGCCCCGACCUGGAGCUGAGCGACUCCGAACCCGAAGCCAAAGGUCGGCUCGGUCAGCAGGUGGGGCUGCAGCAGCCAAACGCCCAGCGGAAGGGGAAGCACUCGGCGGGGUCCAGACACUCGGUGACGAGGUGACACCGUCGGCGGACGCUUCCAGCUCCUCUCAUCAGGGACCAAGCCACGGCGCCGACGGUGCUGCAACCACAGGACGCAGCGUGUCGGGUUCAGGACCAUACAUGAGGUUGAAACGGCUAAUAUCAACUCAUCUGAGAGAGAUUUGUACAACCAACUGCAAACUUUUUUCUUUUUCUUUUUUUUUUUUACAUUUGUCCAGUAAGGUUUUAUUUUUAUGUUUUUGUUUUCCACAUCAGCUGCCUUUUCUGAAAACGAAUGCUCCACACUCGACUGGGUUAUAGUUUGUUUCCGGUGAGUAAACACUACAUGUGUGUCUCAAAAUGGGACGAGACUCGUCUUUAUUUUAUUUCAUUCCUUUUACGUCGCGCCAGCAUCCCGAGUUAUCCCUCAACGAUGAAAGUGGUGGCAGCAAAGUAUUACGAGGCGGCGGUCGGACCGCCUCGUUUCCUGGGGUCAGACGCUCACGUGAGCAGCCUUCAUCGUCAGAGUUGAAAUGUGAAAACGAGCUGUGAAACAACCAUCUUUACUGUUCUACGUCCUCCUGUUUCAGUAAUAAACGUGGCAUAAGAGCUUCAAACCUG